AUGGCGACCGUUCCUCCCACCACCAUCACGCCUAACAGCCAUGUCGGUUUCGACAGCAUCACGUCGCAGAUUGAGCGCAAGCUCUUGAAGCGCGGUUUCCAGUUCAACGUCAUCUGCGUUGGCCAGACUGGACUCGGAAAGUCGACGCUGAUCAACACCAUCUUCGCCUCGCACCUGAUCGACUCCAAGGGUCGCCUGCAGCCCGACGAGCCCAUUCGCUCGACCACGGAGAUCCAGGCCGCUUCUCACAUCAUUGAGGAGAACGGCGUCCGCCUGCGCCUCAACAUUGUCGACACGCCCGGCUACGGAGACCUCGUCAACAAUGACCGCUGCUGGGACCCCAUCGUCAAGUACAUCAAGGACCAGCACUCCGCCUACCUGAGGAAGGAGCUUACGGCCCAGCGUGAGCGCUACAUCCAGGACACGCGCAUCCACUGCUGCCUGUUCUUCAUCCAGCCCUCGGGCCACUCCCUGAAGCCCAUUGACAUUGUCGUCCUCAAGAAGCUCUCGGACGUUGUCAAUGUCGUGCCCGUCAUUGCCAAGGCCGACACGCUCACCGUCGAGGAGCGCCAGGAGUUCAAGGAGCGCAUCAAGCAGGAAUUUGCUUUCCACAACCUCAAGAUGUUCCCGUACGACAAUGAGGAGUUUGAUGACGAGGAGCGUGCCCUGAAUGGAGAGAUCAAAAGCCUGGUCCCCUUUGCCGUUGUCGGCUCGGAGAAGAACAUCAUCGUCGAUGGCAAGCAGGUCCGCGGACGCCAGAACAGGUGGGGUGUCAUCAAUGUCGAGGACGAGAAGCACUGCGAGUUUAUCUACCUCCGGGAUUUCCUGCUCCGCACCCACCUCCAGGACCUCAUCGAGACGACUUCGCAGACCCACUACGAGACUUUCCGUGCCAAGCAGCUGCUGGCCCUUAAGGAGAGCAGUGCUCACGGCGGUGGCAGUGGAAGCCGCCCCAUCAGCCCGUCCGCGGACCGCGAGCUGAGCCGCAACUCUCAGCGGAUGACCAUGAACGGCUACUAG